AUGGAGUUUAACCUUGAAAACCCUCUCGAAAACUUUCAUGACCUUCCUAAUUCUCAAUGUGUUUCUUCCCUUUUUCUCAUUGAAUCUGACCAUAUCCCUCCUCCAAGUUACUUUCAAACCCUCAAAUCAAAUGAGUUUGAUACCUCACUUAGAACUGAUUUCAUCUCUUUGAUCUCACAGUUGUCAUGCAACUUUGAUCCAGUUGUGACUUACUUAGCUAUCAACUAUUUGGAUCGCUUCCUAGCAAACCAAGGAAUAUUGCAGCCAAAACCAUGGGCCAACAAACUUCUUGCAGUAACAUGUUUUUCACUAGCAAUAAAAAUGUUGAAAACAGAAUACUCUGCCACUGAUGUUCAGGGUCUUCUUAAUCAUGAUGAUGGUGGUUUCAUUUUUGAGACACAAACAAUAAAAAGAAUGGAAGCACUUGUGUUAGGAGCAUUACAUUGGAGAAUGCGUUCCAUUACUCCAUUCUCUUUCAUUCCUUACUUCACCAAUUUGUUUCAUCUUGAUGAUAUAACAUUAAAGGUUCUCAAAGAUAGAGCUUCACAAAUUAUAUUCAAGUCACAAAAAGAUGUAAAGGUUUUGGAAUUCAAGCCAUCUAUAGUUGCUGCUUCAUCCCUUCUUUAUGCUUCACAUGAAUUGUUUCCUUUUCAAUAUCCAUGCUUCUUGGGAACAAUAUCCAAUUCUUCAUAUGUAAAUAAAGAAAAUGUGAUGCAGUGCUAUAAUGUGAUACAAGAUAUAUCUAAGGAAGAGUACGAAUCAAUGUUUAAUGCAAAUUCAAGUUCUGGCACACCAGUUAAUGUGUUAGACGAAAAUUUUCUAAGUUUGGAAAGUGAAAAAACCAAUGGAACAAAUCUGGAUCCAACUACUAUGAUACAAGAGAAGCAUUUCAAAAGAAGGAAAAUUUAA